AGGGAAAACGGCUGCCUCGAAGAGGGCCCUGUGGGCAGGGACCACGCGGUAUGCGCCCGCGUCUGAAGCCAGACCCCCGGCUGCCCGAGGGAGAACAGGACGGAGGGCGGGGCUGUGGGGAGCGGAGGGAAUGAAGGUCAGGGAGGCGGCGGGGAACCCCUGAGCUGGCACAGGCCCCGGGAACGUCUGUGGAACGGGACGGGAUGGGGCGUGAGGGGAAGGAGGUGCGGGCUGCAGGAGCGGGGGUGAUGGGGUCACUCACGGCGGCGGGACUGGGGGUACUGGGUGGGGGGGUCGGGUGGGGCCGGGGCUGCAGUGGAGGGUGUGGGGCGGGGAGAUGCCCUCAUUGUCCAAGCACUGGCGCCCGAGCCCAGAGAAGAGAGCGCCGGCUUCCCCACCAGUGGCCGCAGCAUCCCAGGAGCGCGGGAACCUCCGGACCCACAGCGGGGCGCGGCCGGGGCAGGUGGGGGGCCCAGGCGAGGAAGCCCCCUCUGCGCCCUGGGCUGGGCGAAGGGCCCUGCGAUGCGACGGGGGCAGCCCCAGCGCGCGCCCAGUCCUCACGUCGCCACCGAGCGGCGCCCCCGCCCCAGCCCGGAGCCCCGCAGGGCCGCCCCCACCCCUGCCCACCCUCCCGCGGGCCGGGGCAGCCCCCCCCCCAGCCACCCCGCGUUCCCAGGAAGAGGGACCGGUCAUUACUCGUUCAUUUCAUUUCAUUUCAUUUCAAUAUUUUCUGCAAAGUCAUCGCCCGCGCCGCAUCUGCGUGGCGGGGGGCGGGGUGGGGGCGGAGCCACGCCGCGGAGUCGCCGCAGGUAAACAGCCCCCUCCCCGCGGCGGGAGCGGGGCCGCCGGCCCCAGGCAGGGACAGCAGCCGCCGCCCGCGCUCCGGGCCGGGGUCCCGCCGCCGCCCCCGCCGGAGGCACGCGCCAGGGCGGGGGCCGGGCUGCGGCGGAGGCGGGCGGCUCCUGUGCCCCCCACCCCCGCGCCGGCCCGGGCCGCCCGACCCCUGACCCCGGGGGCGGCGGCGGAGCGCCCCCCAAACCCCGCUGCGGGCUCCGCGCCCGGCCAGCCCCGCACCCGCCGCGCGCCUCCGGCUACUCCCAUCCCCCGGAGCCCCCCGCUCGGUCCCGGCGUCCCCUGCCACCCUCUCCCGCGGCCCGCGUCCCCAUCCCCGUCCCGCGCCCCCACGCUCCCCGAUCCCCGCCCCCGCGCCGCGCGUCCCCUCCCGCCGGCGCCCCCCGCCCCGCCCGCGCCCCCCGCCGGGCCGCGCCCCCCGCCCCCCAUGCACCACCUCCUGGAGCAGUCGGCGGACAUGGCGACCGCGCUGCUGGCGGGAGAGAAGCUGCGGGAGCUGAUCCUGCCGGGCGCGCAGGACGACAAGGCGGGCGCGCUGGCCGCGCUGCUUCUGCAGCUGAAGCUGGAGCUGCCGUUCGACCGCGUGGUCACCAUCGGCACCGUGCUGGUGCCCAUCCUGCUGGUCACCCUGGUCUUCACCAAGAACUUCGCAGAGGAACCCAUUUACUGUUACACCCCGCACAACUUCACGCGCGACCAGGCGCUGUACGCCCGCGGCUACUGCUGGACGGAGCUGCGGGACGCGCUGCCCGGCGUGGACGCCAGCCUGUGGCCGUCGCUGUUUGAGCACAAGUUCCUGCCCUACGCGCUGCUGGCCUUCGCCGCCAUCAUGUACGUGCCCGCGCUGGGCUGGGAGUUCCUGGCCUCCACGCGCCUCACCUCCGAGCUCAACUUCCUGCUGCAGGAGAUCGACAACUGUUACCACCGGGCGGCCGAGGGCCGCGCGCCCAAGAUCGAGAAGCAGAUCCAGUCCAAGGGCCCGGGCAUCACGGAGCGCGAGAAGCGCGAGAUCAUCGAGAACGCGGAGAAGGAGAAGAGCCCGGAGCAGAACCUGUUCGAGAAGUACCUGGAGCGCCGCGGCCGCAGCAACUUCCUGGCCAAGCUGUACCUGGCGCGGCACGUGCUGAUCCUGCUGCUGAGCGCCGUGCCCAUCUCCUACCUGUGCACCUACUACGCCACGCAGAAGCAGAACGAGUUCACCUGCGCGCUGGGCGCGUCCCCGGACGGGGCGGCAGGUGCGGGGCCCGCGGUGCGCGUGAGCUGCAAGCUCCCGUCCGUGCAACUGCAGCGCAUCAUCGCGGGCGUGGACAUCGUGCUGCUGUGCGUCAUGAACCUCAUCAUCCUCGUCAACCUCAUCCACCUCUUCAUCUUCCGCAAGAGCAACUUCAUCUUCGACAAGCUGCACAAGGUGGGCAUCAAGACGCGCCGGCAGUGGCGCCGCUCGCAGUUCUGCGACAUCAACAUCCUGGCCAUGUUCUGCAACGAGAACCGCGACCACAUCAAGUCGCUCAACCGGCUGGACUUCAUCACCAACGAGAGCGACCUCAUGUACGACAACGUGGUCCGGCAGCUGCUGGCGGCGCUGGCGCAGUCCAACCACGACGCCACCCCCACGGUGCGCGACUCGGGGGUGCAGACCGUGGACCCCAGCGCCAACCCCGCCGAGCCCGACGGCGCCGCCGAGCCGCCCGUGGUCAAGCGGCCGCGCAAGAAGAUGAAGUGGAUCCCCACCAGCAACCCGCUUCCGCAGCCCUUCAAGGAGCCGCUGGCCAUCAUGCGCGUGGAGAACAGCAAGGCGGAGAAGCCGAAGCCCGCGCGCAGGAAGACGGCCACGGACACGCUGAUCGCGCCGCUGCUGGACCGCUCCGCCCACCACUACAAGGGCGGAGGGGGCGACUCGGGCCCAGGCCCCGCCCCUGCCCCCGCCCCGCCGCCCGCCCCCGACAAGAAGCACGCGCGCCACUUCUCCCUGGACGUGCACCCCUACAUCCUCGGCACCAAGAAGGCCAAGGCCGAGGCGGUGCCCGCCGCCCUGCCCGCCUCCCGGAGCCAGGAGGGGGGCUUCCUGUCCCAGGCGGAGGACUGUGGGCUGGGCCUGGCCCCGGCGCCCACCAAAGAUGCUCCGCUCCCCGAGAAGGAAAUCCCGUACCCCGCAGAGCCAGCCCGGGCAGGGCUUCCCUCGGGGGGCCCGUUCCACGUCCGCUCACCUCCCGCCGCCCCUGCUGUGGCCCCUCUGACACCAGCCAGCCUGGGCAAGGCGGAGCCCCUCACCAUCCUGAGCCGAAACGCCACACACCCGCUGCUGCACAUCAACACGCUGUACGAGGCCCGGGAGGAGGAGGAAGGGGGCCCCCGCCUGCCGCAGGAUGUGGGGGACCUCAUCGCCAUCCCUGCCCCACAGCAGAUCCUCAUCGCCACCUUCGACGAGCCGAGAACGGUCGUGAGUACUGUGGAGUUUUGAGGGAUGGCACCGUCCAGGCCGCCGAGAGCCCCUCUGCCUGAGUGUCGUGUGGCCUGGCCAGCCUCCCGGUGGACACCAGCCCUGCGUGGACGUGGCCUGUGCUUCGCCCGCACUGCGCGCAUCCCCAACCUCUGUCCGCAUGCCUGGGGCCUUCACCCCCACGCGCUCGACAGGGGAACCCGCCCGGACGGCAUCGCCAGGCACUGGCUGGGGUGGGGAAAGGUGGCCCCGUGGAGCCGGUGGCCAGGAAGGCUGAAGCCCGCCUCCCAUGCUCCUGCAUCAGGUGUCCAGCCGUGGGUGGGGGCCCUGAGGUGAAGAGUUUAUUUUUUUAGUCCGUUUCGUCCUGGCCCCGGGCUGUGGCGAGACAGCCCAGCUCCCCCAGCCCAGCUCCCCCAGCCCAGAGCCAGGGAAGAGGAAGGUGGGGCCAGUCCCACCAGUGGGGUGGCCACGCCCAUGGGGUCACAUGCUCAGGGGUCACCCCCUGCAGGGACCUGAUGCCCUCGGGUGGGAGGGACCGAGGUCCACCCUCGGGUCAAAGAUCAACGUGCACUUUCUCCUUGUCACCUGACAUACAUUUUAUUUUACUAAGACUGCUGUACCGAACAAGCAUAUUUAUCAUCAGGAGACAGGAUGGGUUUAAAGCAGGAUGGUGUGUGUGUGAACGGGCAUGAGCAGAGGUGGGCGUGAGCGAGUGGGUGUGUAUGUACGAGUGUGCACGUGUGUGCGUGUGCACAGAGGGUGUGGUACCAGCUUGAGUGGGAGUGUGUGAGUGUGAGCAGGCGGGCGAGUGCGUGAGUGCACGCCAGCGCGUGGCCCAUGUAUGACGAGUGAAGGGGCCCAACGCAAUAACCACGUCCCCCACCCGGGCCCCCCGCCGCGGCUGAAGCCACAUGGCUUCCUGUGGGAGCCCCAGCCGGCACCCGGCUGGUCUCACCCCAAAUACCUCAGCCAUGGAGACCGUGUCAUGCAGAAUUAACAAGGUAUUACCGAGCAUAUCAAUAAAUAUUAUUCUGAUAAUCA